AUGGUAGGAAACCAGUCUUGGCCGUCCAAUUCCAACGGUCAUAACCUAAAUUUUGAAACCAUCGACAUUGGAAGCCCUAAUUCUACAGGGAGGAAAGAGCAAGAGGCCGAGGGUGCAGAGCGAAGUCGUGAAGAGGCCAAGGACUCGCAGUCAACCCGAACAGGAGCCGAGAUCGAGCUAGAGCGGUACAAUCUCGACAGGGCUACUCAAAUGCAAAGCGAGGGAUUUGAGAGGCCGAGGACGCGCAGCCAUGGUCCUGUUCGACGAACUGCGCAGGAAAUCGAGCUAGAGGAAUACAAUUUGGAUAGAUCUGGAUUUCGCCUUCCCUACGACGGUCCCAAGCUCACGAGACCCCUUCAGGGAGAAUGGGGAUAUAAAGAGCUUCCACGCCACAAGCUCUACUACUGGACUCCAAGCGAGUGGCCAUCCAAGCCAGAUUUUCUGUCGGAUGACGAGUACAAGCGCCUAAAAGAGGGGUGGAAACAUCCCAAUGUCAUGAUCCCUUAUUGCACGGUGGACGACGCAGUGAUCGAAGCGAUUGACAUAAAGGUAGAUUACAUGGCCCGAGCAAUGCUAAACGGGUGGAACACACCCUGAGUUUGUGCAUCCGCCAGUUUUAAUCGCUCUCUUAUGUCUUAGUAAGUUCAACCAAGAGUGAAAGAAGAUAUGUCGAAACCAUGCUCUUCUCAUUAUGUGGAGUUUGCCGCAAAGA